AAAGUGGAACUCAUCGAUCCCAGUAUUUUUUCAGAUUCCUCGCCAUUGGAAUGAACCGGAUUGUCGAAAGCUUUUUGAAAAGUAUGGUCCAGUCUUCUCACUGAACAUUCUACGGGACAGGCAGACACAAGUGAGCAAAGGUGUUGCUGUAGUACUCAACAUUGUUGUUACAGGAUGUUGCUUCGUCACAUUUUAUCAUCGUCGGGAUGCGAUUGCAGCUCAAAGUGCUCUACAUAACAUCGAGGUCAUUGAUGGGAUGCAUCAUCCAGUACAGAUGAAGCCCGCCGAUACUGAAAAUCGAAACGAGAGAAAAUUGUUUAUUGGUCAGUUGUCUAAAAAACACAAUGAGGACGACAUUAAAAAUUACUUUGGAAAAUUUGGGCAUAUAGAGGAGUGCACUGUGCUAAGAGAAACCGACGGCAAAAGCAGAGGAUGCGCGUUCGUUACGUAUACGAAUCGCACUAGUGCGUUGGCCGCAAUCAAAGAUAUGCAUCAUUCGACCACGAUGGAGGGCUGUUCGGCACCGUUGGUUGUCAAAUUUGCUGACACUCAAAGGGAAAAAGAAGUGAAAAAAUUACCCGCCGCUGGUGCUGCUGCCAUCACUCCAACAGCAACGGGCUUAGCAUCUCUGAGCAAUCACGCCGCUUUGUUACAGCAGGUAAACUGUUCAUAUGCAGUUGAAACUUCUGAAGGUGAUUCGUUAAUUACUAUGCUAUGA